CUCAAUUGAAGCCUUCUCAACACCAAGUAUAUACAAAUCUCACACUUACUUGUACUACCUACUCUCACGAAAACAAAAUGUCUCUUCACUACCUUCCCCCCGUCAAGCCCUCGGCCAUCGCCCUCGGCACCGCCUUUAACCACGGCAUCGAGCUCGCCGUCCUCGCCCCCAUCUUUGGCCAGACCUACCAGCGCGCCAAGCUCUCCAACACCAAGGAGGAGUUUAUCCGCUCCAAGGAGGCUUCCGGCGCCGCCCUCGCCUGGGGCUCCUCGCUCAUCGGCUCCGCCCUGCAGAGUUAUGGUGUCGGUGCUCUGAUCAACGCUACCGGUACUCUUAGCUACAAGGGCGCUGCUUACCUUGGAUCUCUCAUCUUCUUUGCCACCUCUGCUCCUGGUUACAUCUCUCAGAUCUUUGUCGAGAAGCGACCUCUUGACACAGUCGGCGUCAGCCUGGCCACCAAGCUCAUCGAGACUCUGGGUCUGUCCGUCUUCCUGACCUGGUGGGGAACCCGAACCAACCCCUUUGAGUAAAAGAAGGGAAUAAAUCAUGAAAUUGAGUUGAUGGCGAAGGAUGAAUUUGAUUAUCCGAUGGCCAGUGUGAGAUAAGGAAGAGGAAUCCAUCAUGUACCUACAGAAACGCCCGAAGAGGCAGUAAUACAACAAGUAAACAAUGCUCUUCCCUCUUGGUGUGAGAUCAUAGUCUGGAGCUUCACCAUUGCGA